AUGUAUUCAGAUAAUGGCACAACCUUUAUUGGUGCAAAUCAUGAAUUAGAAAGUUUUUUUACGCAAGUCCAAAAUCAGAAUACCUUUGCAGAAUUCUGUGCCACUGAACAAAUUUCGUGGCAUUUUAUCCCCCCGCGCGCUCCCCAUUUUGGCGGAAUUUGGGAAUCGGCAGUUAAAGCUGUCAAAUACCAUUUACGAAGGGUUAUCGGUCAAUCUACUCUGACAUAUGAGGACUUUUAUACGGGUUUGGUACAGGUAGAAGCUUGUCUAAAUUCGCGGCCGCUCUCGCCAUUGUCGAGCGAUCCCGACGACUUAACUCCGUUAACCCCUGGCUACUUUCUGAUUGGAAGCUCGUUGGUAGCAGUACCCGAACCCGACCUCUCCCAUUUGAAUAUGGGACGUCUCUCCAAGUUCCAACACCUGCCACAGAUCACGCAGCAUUUCUGGAAGCGAUGGUUACGAGAUUACCUCACCGAGCUUCAGCAGCGAUCAGGCCAAGGACAUUCGACCCCAGCCAAAGUGUCCGAGGGUGAGAUGGUGGUACUAGUGGAUGACAAUUUACCGCCAUUACAAUGGCCUUUGGGUCGAAUAUCAGAGAUACAUCCAGGUUCGGAUGGUGUUGUCCGUGUAGUGACUAUAAAAACGGCAAAGGGCAUCGCAAAACGUGCGGUUCGCAAAAUAUGCGUUUUGCCUGUAGCAGAGUAA